CCCUCCUACCACACUUAACAUCACAUCUCUCUCCCACCCUCUCUCCCUCCCCCCCCUCCCCUCUGGGGUUCCUUCAGUCAGAGAUUUACACUAGCUGGUAGUCAUGGCCAGCUGUGUGGAUCCCCUUGUGGUAGGGAGAGUGAUAGGUGAGGUGGUGGAUCUCUUUGUUCCCACCAUGAGCAUGUCUGUGAACUACGGAUCAAAGCAUGUCAACAACGGCUGUGACAUGAAGCCAUCGAUGGCCAUCAACCCUCCGACGGUCCAGAUCACAGGCCGGGGAUCUGAUCUCUAUACCCUGGUCAUGACUGAUCCCGAUGCACCCAGUCCUAGUGAACCUACUAUGAGGGAGUGGCUCCACUGGGUGGUCGUUAAUAUACCUGGUGGAACAGAUCCCUCCCAAGGAGAGGAGGUGGUGCCGUACAUGGGACCGCGGCCGCCGGUGGGCAUCCACCGCUACGUUCUGGUGCUUUUCCAGCAGAAGUCGAGGUUCUCAAUGGGGAUAGGGCUGUCUCUGCCGGCGUCCCGUGCCAACUUCAACACCCGUGCCUUCGCCGCCCAGCGUGACCUCGGCCUCCCCGUUGCCGUCGUCUACUUUAAUGCCCAGAAGGAGCCCGCCAACCGCCGCCGCUGAACCCCCUUCCAUCUCAUCCAUCGUCCCACGCAUUCUCGCAAUACUUCACUCUGGUCUUAUAGUCUUGGGUGCUCUCGAUCUCUUAGUUUGCGGAACUCUGUUCAAUAAAUACCAUAUGCUUUCACGGAAAGGAUAUGGUGAUGCUGUCUGUCAAAUAUAAAGCAGUGUGUUACAUAUAUUGAAUGAUAUUAUGGAUUACGGUUAUAGUUUUUGAUUGA